CUAUAGUUUCUUCUGCUUGGACUUUUGAUUGUGACUUAUUUUGAUUUUAAAACUUUUAAUACCUUAAAAACUUCAGUCUUUUGAGUUGGGGCACUGUAACAUCUCUCCUCAUACCAAAAGAGUUUCACUUUAAUGAAAUGGAGGAAACAAAGCUACGUAUUUUAGAACUUUAUAGUGGAAUUGGUGGCAUGCAUUACGCAGCUGAAUUGGCAAAUGUUGGAGCAGAAUUUGUUUUCUCUGUAGACAUCAAUACGUCCGCGAAUGAAGUUUAUCGACAUAACUUCAAGCAGACUAAUCAACAGUCAAGAAACAUUGAAUCUCUGAGUGCAAACGAAAUCAACAAGUUGAAGCCCAAUGUUAUAAUGAUGAGCCCACCCUGCCAGCCAUUUACUCGAGUUGGCUUGAAGUUGGACGUAGAAGAUUCCCGUUGCUCAUCAUUUCUGCACUUAUUAGAUGUGCUUCCACAUUUGGAAACAGUUUCACUUGUUUUAAUGGAAAAUGUUGUGGGUUUCGAAACAUCUGAGAUGAGAAAUGCAUUUACCAAAGCACUGAAAAGCUGUGGUUUUUAUUUUCGAGAAUUCUUGCUAUCUCCUGUGAGCUUACAAAUUCCCAACAGUAGAAAUAGAUACUAUCUAAUAGCCAAGAAAUUUACCAACUUUGCAUUUGGAACAGAAACAGAUAUUAUGACAGCAUUUCCGAGCAACAGCUGUGAUAUUACCAUAUCAGUCGGACAAAAAACAUUGGAGCCCUAUCUGGAGAAGAAUUUUGCAGACGAAGAACUGGCGCGCUAUUUACUUCCCGCCAAAACGUUGAUGAAAUAUUGGCGGAUACUUGACGUGCGACAAAGAUCCGACAUAUCUUCUUGCUGUUUCACUAAAGCCUAUACUCACUACGCAGAAGGCACUGGAUCUGUGCUGCAGCACGAUUCAAACGAAUCAUUUCAAGAAAAAUUCGCUGAUUUCGAAAAAGAUGGAAACGUUGCACAUUUGGAGCCAUUGCAGCUCAGAUAUUUCACACCUCGAGAAAUCGCUAAUUUAAUGGGCUUCCCUGCUCACUUUUCGUUUCCUGAAAACACUUCCCUCAGGACUCGAUAUCGACUCUUAGGAAAUAGCUUAAAUGUGCUUGUUGUGUCCAGCCUCUUAAAAAUAUUAUUGAAAUAAAAUAAACACUAGGUUCAAUGUG